AUGGUUUUCGUGGAGUUGUCGAUAUUCGUGGCCUUCAUCGGUUUGCUAUUGUACAAAUGGUCCGUCUACACCUUCGGAUACUUCUCGAAGAGGGGCGUGGCCCACGAAAAGCCCAUUCCUCUGCUGGGAAAUAUUCCGUGGUCGGUGCUGAUGGGUAAAGAGUCGUACAUAAAACAUAGCAUCGACCUGCACUUGCGUCUGAAGCAGCACAAGGUCUAUGGAGUCUACAACCUGCGGGAUCCCCUAUACUAUCUCUCCGACCCGGAACUCAUUCGCCAGGUGGGCAUCAAGAACUUCGAUACCUUCAGCAACCAUCGCAAGGGAAUAACUGAUGGAUUCAACGAUACCAGCGUGAUUUCCAAGAGCUUGCUCAGUCUGCGGGAUCGUCGCUGGAAGCAAAUGCGCAACACCCUGACGCCCACUUUCACCAGCCUCAAGAUCCGCCAGAUGUUCGAGCUCAUCCAUUUCUGCAAUGUAGAGGCGGUGGACUUCGUGCAGCGCCAACUGGAUGCCGGCACUUCCGAACUGGAGCUAAAGGACUUCUUCACGCGCUACACCAACGACGUGAUCGCGACGGCUGCCUUUGGCAUCCAAGUGAAUUCCUUCAAGGAUCCCAACAACGAGUUCUUUUCCAUCGGCCAGCGCAUCUCGGAGUUUACUUUCUGGGGCGGACUCAAAGUAAUGCUAUACAUUCUGAUGCCAAAAGUGAUGAAGGCACUCCGGGUCCCUGUGAUGGACAUGAACAACGUGGACUACUUCAAAAAGCUGGUCUUCGGUGCCAUGAAGUAUCGAAAGGAGCAGAGUAUCGUGCGGCCCGAUAUGAUUCAUCUGCUGAUGGAGGCCCAGAGACAGUUUAAGGCAGAGCAAGAAGGAUCAGAGGAGAGUGGAGCACAGCAGGAUAGGGCCGAAUUCAACGAUGACGACUUACUUGCCCAGUGCCUCUUGUUCUUCUCGGCGGGAUUCGAAACGGUGGCCACCUGCCUCAGCUUCACCAGCUACGAACUCAUGAUGAAUCCCGAAGUGCAGAAUAAAUUGCUCGAGGAGAUCCGGGCCGUAAAGGAGCAGUUGGGUGAAAAGCCACUAGACUACGACACCCUGAUGGGCAUGAAGUAUCUUGACUGCGUGGUGUCCGAGUCGCUAAGAAAGUGGCCACCGGCGUUCAUCGUGGAUCGAAUGUGUGGGUCUGAUUUCCAGUUGAAGGACGAGGAGGGCGAGGUAGUGGUUAAGCUGCGGGAGGACGACCUAGUGCACAUUAACGUGGGGGCACUUCAUCACGACCCGGAUAACUUCCCGGAACCCGAGGAGUUCCGACCAGAGCGCUUUGACGAGGAGCACAAGCACGAGAUCCGGCAGUUCACGUACCUGCCCUUUGGAGUGGGCCAACGAAGCUGCAUCGGCAACCGGCUGGCUCUCAUGGAGGUGAAGUCCCUGAUCUUCCAGCUGGUCCUGCGCUACAACCUGAAGCCCACGGAUCGCACUCCGGCGGACAUGAUGAGCAGCAUCUCCGGCUUCCGACUGAUGCCCCGGGAGCUGUUCUGGUGCAAGUUGGAGUCCCGUGGACCCGCUUAAUUAAAAACACGCCCCCAGACACACAUAAAUAUUAAUAAAGCGAGAGAAAACGAAA